CUCAUUAAACAUGACUUUCAGAUUUAAGAUGGAUAAUCUAGUUCCUAUUGAUGAACUUGAAUCUGAUAUAAAGCAUAUUGUCACUCAGUCUUUGCUGACAAAAGUAAUGCAGGAGACUCUAACUCAAGAAGAGGUUUCUGAUUGGCUGUCCUGGUGCAGAAAGCAGACGAAUCAGCUGAAAUUGAUAAACUAUGAUAUACCGGCCGGGAUACUUCCUUCAAGUACUUCAGCCAGUCUAACAGACAUCAAAGUUGAUGGCCGAGGCCCAGAUGAUAAAAUCUACCAUAACAAUCAACAAAUCCGGGACAAGGUUGCACGAGGAAACACCGUGCUAAGUCUGUUUAACUCCUCUACCAAGGAAACUAUCGAGGAUUUAGUCAUUUUUGCUCUCAGGAAGUUUACCGGAGGUAUGGGGGAUGAGGAUGAAGAGCAACCUGAAAAUGAUUUAGUUUGGAAGAAAUAUUUCUUGAAACCUGUUGAGUGUGUAGAGAGGAUAGUUGUGAUGCAUAAGGAAAAUAUAUAUUGUAGAAUCCUAUAUUGUUUAGUGUGUAGAGAGGAUAGUGGUGAUGCAUAA